AUGGUCAAGCAAGCUGACCAUGACCGCCGUGUCUCAACGGUUCGCUCCCGCAUCACUCACUUCCACACCACGCACACCCCCUUCCGGAUCUACCACGGCAGCACAAACUCCACACGACAUGCCUCUUUCGAUCCGUCUGCCAUCAUCGACAUCUCGUCCUUCAACAACAUCCUCUCCAUCAAUGCUUCCACUCAGACGGCCCUAGUCGAACCGAAUGUGCCCAUGGACGCACUAGUUGCAGCGACCACGACAAAGGGAUUCUUGCCGCCAGUCGUGAUGGAAUUCCCCGGCAUCACCGUUGGCGGAGGCUUCGUGGGGACUGCAGGCGAGAGUAGCAGUUUCAAGUACGGGUUCUUUGAUCGGACGGUUGUGCGGGCAGACGUCGUGCUUGCUGACGGCUCACUCGUGUCUUGCUCCGCGACCGAGAAUGCCGAUCUCUUCGAGGGGCUGAGAGGAAGCUUCGGGACCUUGGGAGUGCUGACGCUGCUUGAGAUCCGUCUUGUGCCGUUGAAGAGCUGGGUUGAGGUUACCUAUCACCCUACAAGAAGCGCUGGUGAGGCGAUGAGUGUGCUUCAGCGGGAGACGAAAAAGGACGGCAAUGACUAUGUCGAUGGUGUGCUUUUCGGGAAAACAAGCGGGGUGGUGGUUUCAGGACGUUUGGUCUUUGAGCCCUCGUCUCCACGUAUACCGGUCCGCCGCUUCUCGCGCUUCUGGGAUGAAUGGUUCUGGAUCCACGCCCGCAACCUCGUCUCCUCCAGCGAACCCACCACUGAACUCGUACCAGUUGAAGAGUACCUCUUUCGAUACGACCGCGGUGCGUUUUGGAUGGGCAUGUAUGCAUACCGCCACUUCUUCGUCCCCUUCUGGUACGUCUUCCGCGUGCUUCUGGACUACUUCAUGCACACAAGGAUCAUGUAUCACGCGCUGCAUGCAUCAGGAUACACAGACCGGUACAUCAUCCAGGACAUUGCCUUCCCAGCUGGCAACGCAGAGGCGUUUGUCGACUACGUGGAUCACGAAUUCGGCAUCUAUCCGCUGUGGCUCUGUCCGCUCCGAAAGGAUGGUCGAGUCUCCAUGGGCCAUCCAAGGCAGUUCCAAGGGUCCGUGCGCGGGGAAGAGCAGAGCGGUAGGGUAUAUGACGGCGAUUACAUCAACAUCGGCGUCUGGGGUCCAUAUCCAUCGUCUAAAUCCGAGUACGUGCGCGCAAACCGCGAACUAGAGAAAAAGACCAGCGAGCUUGGUGGGCUGAAGUGGCUGUACUCGAGGGUCUUCUACACUGAAGAUGAGUGGUGGCAGCUGUACGACAAAGAGGAAUACGAAGCAUUAAGGAAAAGGUUCGGAGCGACAGGACUGCCAUCCAUCUGGGAGAAGGUUCGAGAUCGGGGUAGAAAAAAGGAGGAUUUUGGUACUGGUGCUAAGGGACUGUUGAAGAGGAUUGCCAAGAGUAAUGCGUUGCUGAGCGGGUUCUACGGGAUCUACAAGGCAACCAGAGGCGGUGAUUACAUGCUGAAGAAGAAGUCGGGUUAG